AUGCAGCGUCCGGGCCCCCGCCUGUGGCUAGUUCUGCAGGUGAUGGGCUCGUGCGCUGCCAUCAGCUCCAUGGACAUGGAGCGGCCGGGCGACGGCAAGUGCCAGCCCAUCGAAAUCCCGAUGUGCAAGGACAUUGGCUACAACAUGACCCGCAUGCCCAACCUGAUGGGCCAUGAGAAUCAGCGCGAGGCCGCCAUCCAGCUGCACGAGUUCGCGCCGCUGGUGGAGUACGGCUGCCACGGCCACCUCCGCUUCUUUCUGUGCUCCCUGUACGCGCCCAUGUGCACCGAGCAAGUCUCCACCCCCAUCCCCGCCUGCCGGGUCAUGUGUGAGCAGGCCCGGCUAAAGUGCUCCCCGAUCAUGGAGCAGUUCAACUUCAAGUGGCCCGACUCCCUGGACUGCAGCAAACUCCCCAAUAAGAACGACCCCAAUUACCUGUGCAUGGAGGCGCCCAACAACGGUUCGGACGAGCCCGCGCGGGGCUCGGGCAUGUUCCCGCCGCUCUUCAGGCCGCAGCGACCCCACAGCGCGCAGGAGCACCAGCUGAAGGAUGGGGGGCCGGGGCGAGCCGGCUGCGACAACCCGGGCAAGUUUCACCACGUGGAGAAGAGUGCGUCGUGCGCUCCGCUCUGCACGCCCGGCGUGGACGUGUAUUGGAGCCGCGACGACAAGCGCUUCGCGGUGGUCUGGCUGGCUGUCUGGUCUGUGCUCUGCUUCUUCUCCAGCGCCUUCACCGUGCUCACCUUCCUCAUCGACCCAGCGCGCUUCCGGUACCCCGAGCGCCCCAUCAUCUUCCUGUCCAUGUGCUACUGCGUCUACUCGGUGGGCUACAUCAUCCGCCUCUUUGCGGGCGCCGAGAGCAUCGCCUGCGACCGGGACAGCGGACAGCUCUAUGUCAUCCAGGAGGGCCUGGAGAGCACGGGCUGCACCCUGGUCUUCCUGGUCCUUUACUACUUCGGCAUGGCCAGCUCCCUGUGGUGGGUGAUUCUCACCCUCACCUGGUUCCUGGCCGCGGGCAAGAAGUGGGGCCACGAGGCUAUCGAGGCCAACAGCAGCUACUUCCAUCUGGCCGCCUGGGCCAUUCCGGCCGUGAAGACCAUCCUGAUCCUGGUGAUGCGCCGGGUCGCGGGGGACGAGCUGACCGGCGUCUGCUAUGUGGGCAAUAUGGACAUCAAUGCUCUCACCGGCUUCGUGCUCAUCCCCUUGGCCUGUUACCUCAUCAUCGGCACUUCCUUUAUUCUCUCCGGCUUCGUGGCCCUUUUCCACAUCCGGAGGGUGAUGAAAACGGGUGGGGAGAACACGGACAAACUCGAGAAGCUCAUGGUGCGGAUUGGGGUCUUCUCCGUGCUCUACACGGUGCCGGCCACUUGUGUGAUUGCCUGCUACUUUUACGAACGCCUCAACGUGGAGUACUGGAAAAUCCUGGCCACGCAGCACAAGUGCAAAAUGAACAACCAGACUAAAAACCUGGACUGUCUGAUGGCCACCUCCAUUCCAGCAGUGGAGAUCUUCAUGGUGAAGAUUUUCAUGCUGCUGGUGGUGGGCAUCACCAGUGGCAUGUGGGUCUGGACAUCUAAGACUCUGCAGUCCUGGCAGAACGUUUGCAGCCGCAGGUUCAAGAAAAAGAGCCGGAGAAAACCGGCCAGCGUGAUCACCAGCAGUGGAAUUUACAAAAAAGCCCAGCAUCCCCCCAAAACCCAUCUGGGGAAAUAUGAAAUCCCUGCCCAGCCUCCCACCUGUGUGUAA